UGAAUUAGUUCUUUGGCAAGGAGACCGCCAAGUCGAGUGCGAUCCGAAUGACUUUGAGGCAACCGAAACAAUUCGUGUCAGCAGCUUCGAGAAUCCCGUCACCGCUGCUGCUGCCGACAGGUUGCAAAUGGCAUCCAGCAGCGCCACCGGCGAAGAUCCGGAGACAAUCAUCUAUGAGGGACAGAAAUUCAAGGAUUUCGAAGAGCUUGAGGCAGCGGUGUUCAAGUUCGAGUAUCUCACCUAUCACAAAUACUUCAAAGCGGAGGCACGUACGCUCCAGUCGGCGAUGAGGAAGGGAAUUAAACGUGUAGAGGAUAAUGGACGAUUCAAAUACUAUUCGUGUCUCUGGUUGUGUGUGCGAGGAGGAAAGCCGUUCUGCAGAAGUCGUGGUGAACGAAGAUCAAAAACUAUCCGGAUCGGCUGCCCUUCCCUCAUUCGGACGAGAAUCUCGGACUGUGGCAAGUUCUUCCGGGUCAUGCAAGUUGUAUACGAUCACAAUCACGGCUCUUGUCCUGAGAUCUACCACCAAAUCACAUCGAAACAGAUCGGAAUCAAACAUGAAGAUCCUCAGAAGAAGUCGAAAUACGUAAAGAAAAAAACUCGCUUGAAAUCCUCUGCUCAAGCUCAGCUCAAAGUAUUAUUAUCAACUGUAGUCGCCAAUGAGGCCGAUCUAACCCUCCAGGAAUCCGUCGAUAAAAUAUCAGCCCUGUAUGCUAACGAUCUGACAGUGGCAGUGGAUGACACGAACAACGUUGUAGCGCUGGCCUACUGCAACGAUAAGAUGCGAGCGCUCUACGAGGAAUAUCCCGAAAUCCUGACCAUCGAUUCCUCAAAUUUUAUCGAUUCACUUAAUUUCACUCAUGUGAUCCUCUUCUUCGUCGUUGACUCAUUGGGCGAGGUGCGUCCCGUCAUGUCGGCCAUGAUUCUGAAAAGCAACGAGACCAUGUACGAGUGGCUUCUGAACGAGUUUGUCCGACAACACCCAUCAUCUGCAAACUCCACUCUUCUGUGUUUGGUCGGCGAGCCGUAUACCUCGAUAGACGUCAAGCAGAGUUUUACUCAGGCCAGAGUAUUGUGGGAGCCAUCGCAAAGCAUUCAAUCGUUUAAAACACAACUCAGCUGUAGGACGUGUCAUCUUAGUGAAACCGGGAAACGCACAGCGACCGAUCAUUUCCAAAAACUGAUUUUCUGUCCGACGGAUCAAAUGAAGCACAUGAUCAAGGAAGAGUUCACCGCCGUCUUGUCUAUAUCCGAAGUCGUGAUCACGCAUUUCGAGGAGGUCUGGGAGCCGAAAUACCGCUUGUGGAACAUGAGCACGCAUCCCUACGACGACAGUCAGCACGAACACGUUCUCAAGAAAAUGCUCAAACUCAAACGGCAUAUCAAGACCAUAAUGACAAACUCAGCGCCAACUCAUUAUUCCAUAUUCACAAGACUUGUUGACCUCUUCGUGAUUCUCGACGAUCUAUAUUACGGCGAUGUCCUCGAUAAACUCAUGAAGGUCAACCAAAGUCGCUACCAACCAAAAACAACUGUCGACGAAGCAGAGUUCAAGUACAAAGGUCUCAUCACCGAAUUCGCAGACAUGUAUCUCAGAGGUCAGUUCAAUGUGUUCGAACGAGGAAUCAAGCUCGGGGAAGCGAGCACGAUGGUGACGGUGAGCCAGACCGACGAACGCAUGACGAAAGUGAUAACGAGCAAAGACGGAUGCUCUUGUUUUGCGUACAAAAUCAUGAAACUGCCCUGUUGCCAUUUGUUAUCGUUCCGGAUAGGAUCCCAGAUGGAUUUGUACGAUGAGCGGUUGGUCCACGACCGUUGGAAACGGAACAAUAUCCGGAUUCACGGAGACCCUGAGAAACUAGUCCGAGUGCCGAUCACAGCCAACGACGAUGUCAUAGAGCAAGAGGAAGAUGAAAUUGGAAAAGACACGCUAGAGGAGAAUAUGGAAAUUCAGGUUUUGGAAGAGAGCGAACAUCCCGUCCCGGACGACUCAGCAGCGGUUCCCCUCGGCAUAGAAGAUGAAGUUUUUAAGACGCCAAAUGAUUUGGAGCAGCAAGAAUCGCUCGAUGAAGCAUCUGAGAAGAGACUCAGACCCGAAUUGCGGUCGCCGUCCAAGGCCUACAAGGAGAGAAGACAGCAGAUCGAAGAGCUCUGCUCCGAGAUCUGUUCCGUGGGGUCUGGCGUUGGGGGCGCAUUAUUCACCCGAAGAUUGACGGUUCUCCGCGAGAUUCUCGACGCCUGGCAAAAUGGUUCUGAGGUUUGUGUGUGCACCACUGGAAGCCAGACUUUUGAUGUUUGCGGACCCCUAUGA